CCGUCGUCCUCAACAUCCUGUAUAACCUUCUUUGAAUUGCCUUCCAACGAAGGCUCUCGUCAUAUUGUCCGAGUAUUUUGGACUCAGCCUGACUAGCAAUAUCUGUCAGAGCUUUCCCGAAAACCAAAACAACAGACAAUUGCUUUUUACAGGCUUUUAGAACUAUAUCUAGUCAUGGCUUCUCCCGAAGCUCCCGAGUUACACGAAGGCAUAACCCAGGACUCUGUGGAUGCUCUGUCGGAUGCCAAUGCCUUUGAUUCGCAAAGCCAAGAGCCGACCGAAGGUCAGCCAGUUGACAGUGUGUUUCAAUUGACUGUUCGGUUACCACAUGCACCCCAUAAGACGGAUAUUAUGGUGUCGGCGCAGGAACAAGUACAAGAUGUGCGACAAUCAUUGAUCGACUCGCCCAGUACUUUUCAAUAUUCUUGUUUCCAUUUGGAGCACAAUGGUGAGCGCAUUAAUGAUUUUAUUGAAUUGUCUGAAGUUCCUGGCCUCUCGCCUGGUUCAGAACUGCAUCUCGUCGAAGAUCCCUAUACAGAAAAGGAGGCCCGAAUUCAUAUCGUGCGGAUAAGGGAGCUCGUAGGCGCUGCUGGAAGUCGAGUGGACACUCUGCAUGGAAUUUCUGCUGGCUUGUCCCUCCAUGAUGAGAUCAACGCCGGAGAGAUAACGCAGAAUAGCGACGGGAAAAAUACCCUUUCUAAGGAGGCUCAUCCAAUGGUCAAUUAUGAUCUCGAUAGCCCCGGAUCUUUGAAGACACUCAUACCCGCCGUCCGAGAACCGGCACCGAGAACUUUGAAGGCUAUUUAUCUGUCAUCCUGGAACCCACCCCCCUACUACCUUCGCCAGAAAGGCCAUCUUCUCUACCUUCAAAUAACUACAAAUGAAGGCGAACAGUACCACAUUACGUCGCACGUAUCCGGAUUUUUCGUUAACAAGUCCUCAAACAACAAAUUCGAUCCCUUUCCCAAAGCUUUGCCGAAAAGCCACAAAGCACACUCUCUUCUCUCGCUGCUCGCUGCUCUCUCUCCGUCAUUUAACGAAUCCUUUGCGCGUCUCCAAGAGUAUAAUAACCAAAAAGACCCUCUUAGCACUUUUCAAUUAACAAAUGCGAUACCUGCAAAUCCUUGGGUAGUCCCUUUGGCAAACUCAUCUAUUUCAAGCCACCAGGCAGAUCUGGCACGUACCCAGGAAAACUAUCUCAUCUCCGGUGUUGAGACCUCUGAGACCCUCAGAGAUUGGAAUGAGGAGUUCCAGUCAACCCGAGAGUUGCCCAGAGAAACAGUCCAAGAUCGUGUCUUCAGAGAGCGACUGGCAUGUAAACUGUACGCUGAUUUCAACGACGCAGCUGCCAGGGGUGCUGUAUUGGUUGCUAAAGGGGAAGUAGCACCGCUCAAUCCAACGGAGGAAAGGGAUGCGCAGAUUUUCGUAUACAACAACGUAUUUUUCAGCUUUGGAGCGGAUGGCGUUGGAACGUUUGCGAAUGAGGGCGGGGAUGAGGCUGCCAGGGUAGCGACAGGAAAAGACGUCUUGGGAGUAAAGGCUGUUAAUCAACUCGACAUUCCUGGCUUGUUUACACCUGGGACUGUAGUGGUAGAUUACCUAGGAAAGCGUCUAGUUGGUCAGAGCAUUGUCCCAGGAAUAUUCAAGCAACGAGAACCUGGGGAGCACCAAAUUGACUAUGGCGGUGUGGAAGGAAAAGAUGUUGUCGCGGAGAAUGAAGGCUUUGCGCCACUCUUUGAGAAGGUCUCAAAGGCGUUUCGGGCCAAAAAGCACGCUGUCUGGGACAAAGAAGGAACACGACAUGAGCUCGAAGCGAGCGUGGAGACCAAGGGUCUCUUGGGCACUGAUGGGCGAAAGUAUGUGUUAGACCUAUACCGGAUCACACCUUUGGACGUUUCCUGGUUGGAAGGUCAGCGAGAUGCUGAAAACCAAAACGUGGCGCAAAAUGGACAGCAGACGCCUUAUCCUCAUCGAAUGGCGGUUUUGCGGCCGGAAUUGGUCGAAUCCUACUGGAGGGCGAGGAUGAGGGACUUUGUACGGACCGAAGUAGACCAUCGGCGAGAUGGCAAAAAUGAGGAGCCCGAUGAAAGUACGCCGAAGGAGAGGAUUUCAGAAAAGUCUUCAUCAGAGCCCUCAGCGUUUACUGAGGAAAAUGAGAACGGCACAAAUGAGCAUCAAGACCAAGCCUCUGGCAACUCGAACGAAGCUCUUGACCGCAUUGAUCUGUCAAAGUUCCAACUUGGUUUGAACCCGGACGUAUUCAGUGGUCAGGUACCACAGACUCCGGAAGAGAAAGCUGAAUGGGCGAAGGAUGAAGCCGAGGUCAGGGCGGCUUGCAAAUAUCUCACUACAGAUGUUUUACCUGCGCUGGUCCAACAUCUUAAGGAUGGUGAUACAGGUUUUCCAAUGGAUGGGCAGUCUCUGACUCGAUUGCUUCACAAGCGAGGAAUAAAUAUCCGUUACCUUGGCGAAAUUGCAAUCCUUGCACGGCUCCAUGGGCCACGGCUCGAGGCUCUCGAGUCACUGGCGAUUCAAGAGAUGACUUCCCGAGCGUUCAAACACAUUGCCAAUCGUUAUCUCCGAUAUCUACCAGGGCCAUUCGCUGCUCCUUGUAUCGCACAUCUCCUCAACUGUUUCCUCGGCUCCAAAUUGAACAGCAAUCCAGUUCCGGAAAUCGACGAGUCAUUGCGAGCGUUGUAUCCUGAAGGGGACUUUGCAUUCGAGAAGGUGACUCCAGGAAGCCUACAGAAAGAGGUUGAGGGUCAGGUCUGCAUGAGGUUCAGAUAUGACUUGAAAUCCGUCAACUGGACCUCGAGGAUGAAGCAUCUACAACUCCUUCGUGAGGUUUCCUUGAAGCUGGGGCUCCAGUUGGAGGCUAAAGAGUAUUGUUUCAAGAAUAUGGGAGAGAUCGAAUGCGUGAAAUCAGAGCUGCCAACCUUGAAUGGAUCGUCUGAUUCGCUUCUCUCCAAUGGUACCUCCAACGGGAGCAACAAAAGGAAGAAAAAGGCGGUUACUCGGGGGUCUACGGUGGCAAAUGUCUCCGCGAAGCCUCCAAUUUCCACUUUUGGUGCCGAGAACAUACUCAAUAUCGCUCCUAUCGUCAAAGAUGCGUCCCCAAGAAGUUCACUCGCAGAGGAGGCUCUAGAAGCUGGGCGUAUUUCACUCGCGCAGAACCAAAAGGAGCUUGGUCAAGAGCUGAUUCUUGAAUCUCUGUCUCUUCAUGAGCAGAUCUAUGGCAUUCUGCAUCCCGAAGUUGCCAGAGUGUACUAUCAACUGUCCAUGUUGUACUACAGCCUAGAUGAAAAAAGUGCCGCUUUGGAGCUGGCACGGAAGAGUGUGAUAGUCUCCGAGCGGACGCUUGGCAUUGAUUCUGCUGAGACUAUUCUCGGCUAUUUGAAUCUCGGUCUUUUCGAGCAUGCGAAUGCUAACACAAACGCCGCACUCGUUUACGUACGACAUGCACUAGAGCUCUGGAAGGUUACAUAUGGUAUCAAACAUCCGGAUUCCAUCACUACCAUCAACAACGCAGCUGUCAUGUUGCAACAUCUCAAGCAGUACCACGACUCCAGGCUAUGGUUUGAAGCCUCCUUGGCCAUCAGUGAGGAACUCUCUGGGAGACAGUCCAUCAAUACAGCGACCCUAUUGUUCCAACUGGCGCAAGCUUUGGCACUCGAUCAGGACUCGAAGAGCGCUGUGAAUCGCAUGCGCGAGGCAUACAACGUUUUCCUUACCCAACUCGGCCCAGAGGAUAAGAACACCAAGGAAGCUGAGAGCUGGUUGGAGCAGUUGACCCAAAAUGCUGUCUCUGUGGCAAAGCACGCCAAAGAUCUCCAGGCUAGGAGACUGCGACGAGUAAACGCCACGCCUCGAGUGACCAUGGGCACCCGGCCCCAGCCACAGGUCGGGCAAAUCAUUUCACCAGCCAUUGGCCAGGAUAUCCAGGCUUCCAGCACCCUCGAUUCUAGAAACAUCGACGAGCUUCUCAAAUUCAUCGAGGGCGGUGAUACCGCAAAACGGACAGCACCCAAAAAGCGCCCUGGUCGCGGUAACCCAAAGCGUAGAGGUGGUGGAUCAGUAGGCACUUAAUCUUAGGCGUCGGAAGAUUAGUAGCCUUUCACACAGCCUUGUAUCAUUGAUUCGGAACAGCGACUGAAUCUAUAUUGUACAAUUUUGAAGACCAACAGUCUGUAUACAUAAAAGUAAAUAUACUUGAAGUUUGUGUAUUAUUAGGAGGAUUUCCUGGAUAAAUGUACCUAAGAUUGAUAUAUAGAUACGUUUUAAGAUAAUUAACUCCACUCU